AUGUACUACAGCAUAUCGCAAGCUGGCGACAUCGCCGACCGACCGGCAUUCAAGAGUCUACACGGUCUGAUACAGUUCGUUGGCGUUCUUCUGUACAGCAUAGAUGGAGUGGGUAUCACUCUACCAGUGGAGAACAAUAUGAAGAAGCCGCUUCAAUUCCCUAUUGUGCUGCAGAUUGGGUGGUCGAUUGUGAUUCUGUCUGUCACUUUGACAGGAUUCUUUGGGUACUUGGGAUGGGGCGAGACCUGUAAAAGCCCUAUCACGAUUCACAUGCCUCUUGGAACAGUCACCAUCACGCUACAGUUUUUGAUGUGUGCUGUUUUGACUGUCACAUUUGCUGUCAAUUUUUGGGUGCCUUUCCGGAUAGUCUGGCAUUACAUUGGUAGAAAACAUAAGAGAAAACGAGAUAUAUGGGAAAGAUUCUAUAGAGGUGUCCAUGUCAUCCUUGUGACUGGUCUUGCCGUUGCCUACCCUAAUUUGAUCCGAAUCAUGGUUUUUCUCGGGAACUUCUUCCUGGCCUUCAUAGCUUUCAUUUUCCCAGCGUUUGUUGAAAGUCUUGUCUUUUGGAGUGAGCCAAGAAAAAGGAGGUUUAGAUGGCGAUUUUUGAAAAACAUACUUAUUAUAAUCAUAGGAAUCAUACUUGCCGCUAGUAUAUUUUACUCGUAAAAUAUUGUAAGAAUAAAU